UGCAACAGGUUUGCCUGCAGGUAAGCUGUGUACGAGCGGCCUGUGACAGUCAUAGCUCUGUGUGACUUUGAUAGGGAUACGGUAAACAGCACAUUUGGCGUGUUGGUGUGUCUGUUUUUAUCAGAGACAGUCAGUGUGUUGUUGUGCUGCUGUACCACUAAUGUCAGGUGAGAAGGUCUUCAGAAAAGAAUCACUCAGAACUGAACAGGUGACCAAACCAGUCUGAAUCCCCUGUGACCUCAGAGAUUAAAGGACGCCAUGGCCGCGAGAUACCCUUGGUGGAAGACCCUCACGGUGAGGAAGAAGAGAGACCAGGUGCUGAAGGACGAGAACGCGGAGAACGCAGAGAACGCGGCCGACGGCUCCAAACAAAAUGUGGACUCCCAGGAUAACAUGAAUUCCAGCCUCAUCUCCGACGAGACGUAUGACGACUCCCAGGAAGAGUCUGCAUUUAACGAGCACACCUCUCGGCGGAACCUGCGCGUCUCGCGCUCUGGGCGCUUUAAGGAGAAACGGAGAAUUCGGGUGACUCUACCCGAACACAACAACUUUCAUGACACCACGGCUGCUGUGGCCAAAUAACGACAAUGAAUUGUUGCGAAUGGGAUAUGGGUUUAUGCUUACAAUCGUUUACACUGUGUGCAAACUGAACGUUUUUUGGGAAUGUGGUUGUCAUGACAGGGGCUGUGGUUUUAAGUGCACAGCAGGCUAUGAAUAGCCUGGAGCCCGUCUCCCGUAAAUGGAUACCAGCUCUGUUCUCCCCACAACUGAAGGAUUCAAAAGUAGCAAAAAGAAUGAAGAAUAUUUAAAAGCCAGAUCGCCCUGGCACCUUUGAUUGUUCGUAUCAAUGUUUGUCUGCAAUUUGUCAUACGUUGUUGAAGGGAUACUUAUUUAUUAUUUGAUUGAAGUUGUGAUAAUUAUUAUGAAGGAUAAUUUAAUUUUGGUGUUGGUGACGAGUGUUACUAAACAUGGCUUACCGUCCGCUUACGUCCAUAUACAGUACGUCCAUUUUGCACAACACUGAUUGGCUGACAGGGCGUGCCGCAUCUGUCUGACAGGUGUUUGCUGCUGGUGUUGGUUGGUCGCGCUGGAUAAGUGACUACUUUGAGCAGGUGUAGCCUACGGUGUAGGCUGACAAUUACGCACCAAUACUGACCGAAGGCAAAGACCAUUGGUCUUGAGGGUAUGUGAUGCAGUCUAUUGUAGCUUAUAGUCAUUUACUGAAGUACAUUAAUGGUUAAUGAAGAUUUGUAUUCAUGAAAUAAAGUUGUCAUCACAAACAGGU